AUUAAAUUCUAAGUCUCCGAGAUUGAGAAUGGAAGUCCUUAAACCUAUCGAACUGAAAUUAGAUGUUGAAGACCCGAUUCAAAAUUGUGAGGAAGGUCUGCCCUUGAGUCCAAUUGCUCGUCUGUGUCAUCAACCUGACUCAGGGAUCUACAUCAUUGUCAUGAUUGGCAUGAAAACAAAAAUGAACCCAGAAGAUAUUAAAGCAAGCUUAGUGCAUACUUUUCUCAAGCAGCCUCGUUUCUGUAGUUUGCAGGUUGAAGAUGAGACAGUUAAAGGGGGGCUAAAAUGGGUUAAUCAGAAAGAGGUGAAUUUAGACAAUCAUGUUAUUGUUCCAAUUCUGGAUAUAAAUAAUAUUGAAUCACCUGAUAAGUUUGUGGAAGAUUACGUCUCCAACCUGAGCAAAACUGGAAUUAAAAUGUCAGUGCCAAUGUGGGAUAUCCAUCUCCUCAACCUGAAAACCACUGAUGCUGAAUCCGUCGCUGUUUUUCGAGUUCACCACUCCCUCGGUGAUGGAAUUUCGCUUAUGUCUCUUUUCCUUGCUUGUACUCGUAAGAUUUCUAACCCAAACAAACCUCCCACGAUUUCAAUCGUUAAGAAAGUAAAUCCCAGCAAAUCCUCUGGAGGGUUUUGGGGAAAAUUCAUCAAAUUAUGGUUGGUUAUCUUGCUCUUUUGGAACACUCUUGUCGAUGUUUCCAUGUUUAUUGCUACCUCAUUAUCUCUCUUAAAUGAUACUAAAACGCCCCUCAAGGGUCCCUUGAGCCAAACUCGGCGAUUUGUUCGUAGAUCAGUGAGUUUGGAUGAUGUCAAGCUCGUAAAGAACACAAUGAAUACUACAAUCAAUGAUGUUAUGCUAGCAAUCACUCAAGCAGGCUUAUCUCGUUAUCUCAAUCGAAAAUAUGGGGAGUGUCACAAGAUCGAUAAAGGAGUGUCAGAAAAAAGCAACAAUCUUCCGCGUAAUAUUCGACUUAGAGCAGCCUUUGCCAUGAACCUUAGAAAACCUCCAGGGAUCCAAGAGCUCGAUGUUAUGAUGAAGAAAGGAUCUAAAGCAAGGUGGGGCAACAUGAUGGGUUAUUUGUUUUACCCUUUCACCAUUGCAUUACGAGAUGAUCCAAUAGAUUACCUUCGAGAAGCUAAGGCAACCAUGGAUAGGAAGAAAGCUUCUCUAGAGGCUUCUUUCUCAUAUUUCUUGCCUAAAUGUUUUAUCAAGUUUGGUGGUGUGAAGAUGGUGAGUUUCCCAACUCAAACGACAUUGUGGUUCUCAAAUGUAGUAGGGCCAGAAGAAGAAAUCGGUUUUUUGGGCUAUCCAGUGGCCUAUAUUGCUCCAAGUAGCUAUGGGCAACCCACCGGAUUACUGAUUCAUGUCCUUAGUUAUGCCAACAAAAUUACCUUCAUCUUGUCAGUUGAUGAAGGUAUAAUUCCUGAUCCUAAUCAGUUGUGUGAUGAUCUUGAAGAAUCUUUCAACCUCAUCAAAAGUGCAGCCAUUGCUAAAGGAAUGUCUACGAAUUAA